AUGAAAAACCAGUUUGGAACUGGUUCCAUUCGGCGUGAUCUUAGCGUCAUGUUCAUGUCUGGUCGUCGUGCUGAGCUCCUCGCAGCUUUCACGCUAACUGUCUAUAUAUUCCUAUGUCCCUUUGCAAAAGUUGAAGAAAGUUUCAAUCUUCAAGCAAUUCACGAUGUUCUGGUCUUUGGCAUGACAAAUAUCGAGAAAUUUGAUCAUUUCGAAUUCCCGGGGGUCGUUCCCCGGACAUUUCUAGGUUCUUUAUUCGUAGCUGGUCUCAAUUAUCCUAUCUAUUGGCUUGUUCAAUCCAUUGGUGGUUGUAAAUUCUGGAUCCAAUUGACUACACGAUGGAUCUUGGGCAUGAUGACGUUAGGAGGUUUACUCUUUUUUAAUCAUGGUAUUGAAAGGCACUUUGGUCGCGAUACAAGUCGCUUUUUCCUAUUUGUUUGUAUCGCUCAAUUCCAUCUUUUAUUUUAUAUGAGUCGUACUCUACCAAAUGUCUAUGCACUGAUCUUCGUGCUCGUUGGAUUCGGAUUUUGGCUUCGGGGCAAGUGGCAGUCUUGUGUAUACUUGUUUACAUUUGCAACAAUCGUCUUUCGUGGUGAUACGAUUGUCUUGUUUGCACCAAUGGCAUUGAAUAUGCUCUUUUCACGUCGAGUCUCCUUCGGGCGGAUGAUUUGGUGGGGAUUGGUAGCGGGAUUUGUGUCAUUGACUGGCACGGUUCUAGUGGACUCGUAUUUCUGGCAGCGUUGGCUCUGGCCAGAGGGUGAAGUCUUGUGGUUUAAUAUCGUGCAAAACAAAAGCAGUGAGUGGGGUGUGAGUCCACCGCUAUGGUAUUUUACAUCAGCACUACCUCGGGCACUACAAAUGACGGCGUUGCUAAUCCCGUUUGGCCUCAGCCCUUUGCUUCCAGCUCUCUCUAAAAGCCGAUCGACGAAUGAAAUUGCAUGGACAUUCAAGACAACACCGAUUGUGGACUGGAGUGUACUAUCGAUGGUAUGGCCCGUGUUUGUCUACCUGGUUCUUUACUCAUUUUUACCCCACAAGGAGCUUCGCUUCAUUUUCAACGCGAUCCCGAUCUUGAAUAUGGUGUCCGCUGUGGGAUUGGCAAAGUUGUACCGCAAUCGUAGCAAAGCGCGUUUGCCUUUUGUUGGAGCCAUUGGCUGUUUAUUGAUAACAACUGUUGGCACCCUGGUCUUGCUUACAGCUGCUCGAUCUAACUAUCCCGGUGGUGAGGCGUUUGUGCGUUUGCACCAAGUUGCCGUAAAUGAGCGCGAGUUACCUCGUAGCGUGCAUAUUGAUGUUCCAGCCGCUAUGACAGGUGUAUCGCGGUUUGGAGAAGUGUUCCCUGCGUGGAGCUACUCUAAGGAUGAAUCGCUGACAGCAGUACAGCAAUUGGUAAAGUUUGACUAUUUGCUCACAGCCAAGGACCCAGCGCUGCUAGAAGACGAGUUUCAGUACAUUGCUGGUUUUGAUGUCUUUGCUGGUGUGGAAAUUGUUGACUUCCGUAUUACUCUGAAGACGAAAAGAGUGGUUUUCCUUAUGCAAAACCGCAACAUUACUACUGGCCAAACUUAG